AUGAGUUCAUCAUUUUCAGAAUUAAUUAAGAGCUCUGGUAAUCGUGCUCUAAGAUCAAAUCCACCACAUGAUUUGGAUUUCCAUAUUACUAAACAAGGUUCAGACUGGUUAUGGGCAGCUUUCUCAAUAUUCGCUCUAUUCGCAGUCUUCUACAUUUGUUUAUUCUUCGUUGCUGAAGUCAAGGGUACUUCACUAACUAAAUAUACAUUGGCUUCCACUUUAUUAAUUGCCAUGUUUAACUCUUUCGGUUAUUUCACUUAUGCUUCUAACUUAGGUUGGGCAGGUAUUCAAGCUGAAUUUAACCAUUUACACGUUGACCCAUCUAUUACUGGGUUAUCUCCAGGUGUAAGACAAAUCUUCUAUGCUAAAUAUUGUGCUUGGUUCUUAUCCUGGCCUUUAUUAAUCUUCAUGUUGGAAUUGACUGGUCUUUCCAUUAGUGAAGAGGGUAAAUUAGAAGAAUUUAAUGUAUUUGAUACCAUUCGUUCCGUAUUGGUUCAAAUUGUUGGUACUGAAUUUUGGGUCGUCGCAUUAUUAGUCGGUUCAUUAAUUAAGUCUACUUAUAAAUGGGGUUACUGGGUCUUCGGUUGUGUCGCAAUGUUAGCCGUGCAAGCUGUUUUCAUUAAGAGACAAUUCGUUGAUUUAAGAAUUAGAGGUUUCACCAUGUGUAUGGAAUUGACCUACUUAAUCAUUGUAUGGUUGUACUUCAUCGCUUGGGGUUUAUCUGAGGGUGGUAAUAAGAUUCAACCAGAUGGUGAAUCUGUCUUUUAUGGUAUCUUAGAUCUUUGUAUCUUUGCCGUCUUACCAUCAUACUUAUGUUUUGUGACUCAACAUUAUGGUAAGGUUCCAAAUAUGUCCAUGAAGAUGAACAUGAAGAACCCAUUGCAUAUUCAUCAUAACCCUUCCGAUGAGGAAGAACAUUAUGAAAAAGAAGCUCAACCAGAUUCAGUAAGAAACUCUGGUGAAACUCAAGUUCCUGCAACUGAGGAAGCUAAUGAAGAGGUUCAAGCUUAG